AUGGUUGCCCUAUCCAAGUUCGCUUUGGCUGCCGUUGGGUUCGCUCAUGGUGCAAGCGCAUGGGGCUCAUUAGGUCAUGCGACAGUGGCCUACGUUGCCCAGCAUUAUCUAUCCGAAGGCACGGCAUCAUGGGCAAAAGAGGUCCUCGAUGACUCCUCCAGCUCAUACCUGGCAAACAUUGCAUCCUGGGCAGACCAAUACCGUCUCACAGAUGCCGGCAAAUGGUCCGCCUCGCUUCAUUAUAUUGAUGCCGAGGAUGACCCACCAACAACAUGCAAUGUGGACUAUGCCCGCGACUGCGGCGACUCCGGCUGCUCGAUCUCAGCCAUCGCCAACUACACCCAGCGUGUGGGAGACGGACGACUCAGCCCCAACAACACAGCAGAAGCAUUGAAGUUCCUUGUCCAUUUCCUGGGCGAUAUCACACAGCCUUUACACGAUGAAGCUUACGAGGUCGGUGGGAAUGGAAUCGAGGUGACUUUCAAUGGAUACAGCGACAAUCUCCAUUCCGAUUGGGAUACGUACAUGCCUGAAAAGUUAGUUGGCGGCUACGCACUGGCAGAUGCGCAGUCGUGGGCUGAUUCCCUGGUCGAAGAAAUCACAUCAGGUGGUUAUGAGGCUGAGGCGCCGAGCUGGAUUAAGGGUGAUACUAUUGGUGAUGCUGUCACGUCGGCUAUGCGAUGGGCAUCAGAUGCCAACGCCUUUGUCUGUACUGUUGUGAUGCCUGGAGGAGCGUCUGCCUUGCAGGAAGGCGAUCUCUACCCGACUUAUUAUAAUUCUGCGAUCGGAACGAUUGAACUGCAGAUUGCGAAGGGGGGCUAUCGCUUGGCUAACUGGCUCAACAUGAUCUACAAUACCAAGAUUGCGAAGCGGGAUCUGGAGCGAUUUGUCCAGGAGAGCCGGAAUGAGGCACCUGCGCUGGACAUUCUGGGUCGCAACUUUCUCCCCGAGUCUCGCCCCUUGAGCCGGGCGAAAUUGGCCAGAGAGGCCAUGGAGGGUUCUUGUUGUAGCGCGGAGAAGCGAGGCCAUGUACACUAA